AUGGCCUCUCACACAGUUGUCUUGAUCACAGGCGUAAACCGCGGCAUCGGCCACGGGCUCUUCGCCACAUACCUAUCUCGGCCCAACCACACCGUCAUCGGCGCCGUCCGCGACCCCGCCAGCCCAGUUUCUCAAGCCCUGUACUCCCUCCCCACCGGCGCCAACAGCAAAGCCAUCAUCGUCAAAAUCGACUCCGCCUCCGACACCGACGCCCUCGCCGCCGUCCACUCCCUACAAGCCGACCACGCCAUCACCGCCCUCGACCUCGUCAUCGCCAACGCCGGCAUCCUCAACGCCGGCUUCCCCCGCGUCGAGCACGUGCGGCCCGCCGACAUGAAAGCCCACUUCGCCGUCAACACCGUCGGGCCCGUCGUCCUGUUCCAGGCCGUCCUCCCGCUACUCAAAGCGGCCGUGACGGCGCCGAAAUUCGUCACCGUCGGCUCGUCGGCCGGCAGCAUCGGCGGCAUGGAGCAGCGGCCCUUUCCGAACGCGGCGUACGCGCCGAGCAAGGCGGCCGUGCACUACCUCACUAAGAAGAUCCACGUCGAGCAUCCGGAGCUGAUCGCGCUGCCGGUCGAUCCGGGGUGGCCGCGGACGGAGAUGGGGGAGAUGGCGGCCAGCCACUUUGGGUUCGAGGAGGCGGAGUUGUCGGUUGAGGAGAGUGUGGGUGGGAUUGUGAGAGUUCUCGAUGAGGCUACGAGGGAGAAGAGUUCUGGGAAGCUGUUGAGGUGGGACGGAGUGGAGUUGCCGUGGUGA